GCGUUUAAAGAUACUGGCAAAGCACCUGUGGAACAAGAGGUAGCGAUCCAUCGCAUUAGAAUUACGUUGACGAGUCGCAAUGUCAAAUCACUUGAGAAGGUCUGUGCUGACUUGAUCAGAGGUGCUAAGGAAAAAAACCUGAAGGUGAAAGGACCUGUUCGAAUGCCCACCAAGACUCUGCGAAUCACUACCAGGAAGACGCCUUGUGGGGAAGGUUCCAAGACCUGGGAUCGUUUCCAAAUGCGUAUCCACAAGCGGCUCAUUGACUUACACAGCCCGUCCGAGAUCGUGAAGCAGAUCACUUCCAUCAGCAUUGAACCGGGUGUCGAAGUGGAAGUUACUAUCGCCGAUGCCUAA